UCGCAAAUCUCGUCGAGGCUCGUCGAUUCGCAUUCAACAGAAGUCUAUCUGAUCCGGCAAGGAAAUUGAUAAUCCAAGUUUAUCAUGAAAUAUUAUCUCGUUCUGAAGAAUUGCUGCAAUGUCACUAAGCAAGCCUUUCAGCAUAAGAAAGAUUCGGACUUAUUAUAUUAUAUGAAAUAAUACAACUGCUAGAUGCAAAUAGUUAAUGAAAACUGUAACUUGCUGAUUGGUAAUUCGAAAGCACCCAAAAGCAAGCAGCCUCUGAAGCCGCCUUUCGGCCAAGAAUUGAAGCAAACGGAGAGUACUCUGACAUAACACUGUCAUGUGUGUAUAAAGAGGCAGUGACAGGUGGGAUUGUGAGUGACAAAACGCCACCCAAAAUGAGAUCUUACGAAACAUAUCCAUUGCCGCUUUCGAUGAGAGGUGAAUUACCAAAGAACAGUGGUGAACUCUGAGAUGUAUCAGUUCGUUUUGUUUAUGUUGUUUGUGUGUUCCAUGCACGUCUUUUGUGUGUGCGUGCGUAUCGAGAUGAAUUAAACUGGCGGUCAACUUCUAGUACUUUUCAGUAAGCGGCAAAAGUUAAAGAGUCUGAGUAAAACAGUGAUGAUAUCAUGUGAUUUGGUACGUCAGUAUUAAUUGUGAAGACACUAAUAAACAUGGCGUUUGUACAAAGGCAAGUAAUUUUCCUUGUACACAUUUAUUUCGACUGAUUUCAAGUAAUCUCUCUUUUGAAGCAUCCUAUCUAUGCACUUGCCUUAUAAGGACACACUUGUGUUCCCUUUGGAAUCUCUUAGAAAUUUUCUUAUUGAUAGUAUUUCAUAUUUACAUAUGUUGAUAAUUCUUAUUUAAAGAGGAAGUAGGAAGCAAUGCAACUGAAUGUUCAAGGUUAGAGAUGUCAUCUGAGAAACUACGCCAACAAUCAGAAGGUCAGCUGUACAAGUACACCAAUGUUAUGAAGGGAUGGCAGUAUCGAUGGUUUAUUUUAGACCCUGAAACUGGUUAUUUAGAAUAUUAUUUGAAUGAAACAGAACGCAAGCAGAAGCCUCGAGGCUCUGUUCAUUUGGCUGCUGCUGUCAUUUCCCCAAGUGAUGAAGAUUCAAACACCUUCACUGUAAAUUCUGCCAAUGGUGAAAUGUUCAAGUUGCGUGCAGCAGAUGCUCGUGCAAGACAAGAAUGGGUGAAUAGAAUUCGGGCAGUUGCUGAAAUGCAUACAAUGGCUAUAGCGCAAAGUAAUCCGCCUUUGCCUCCGCGGGAGCACUCAGUGGCCUUGCCCCUGCCACAUGGGGCAGUAACAGUUCCAGGGCCCAGCCAAGGGCCUCGUGUUCAUUGCUCUCUUGCUGUGCUGGAUGCAUUCAGUACAGUAAGAGACCAUUUGCAUAGAGUUGAGCAAUAUAGUUUUCUCUUGAAUCGAUCUAUAGAAGAACUUCCAUCAUCAGGUUCCUGUGUGAAAAAUAUUGAUGAAGGAAUGUUACUACUAAAGGCAACAAGUCAAGCGACAUUAGUGUGUUUGGGCCACUGUCUCUCUAUUCUUCAGCAGCAACAAAUAGCUCCAACUCUGACGGCCAAUGCUCCUAUUAUUGCACCACCACCUACUUUCCAUAAAGUGACUCAAGGGACGCAUCCAAUGCCAACAAAAAAGAUCUCACAGCCACCAUCUCAUUCAGUGCACAUGGAGGAUGUUAAGAAGAGUGUGUCUCAAGAACCUGAAGCUUCAGUUCAAUCAUACCAUCCAGCCCUUUCGGUUUUACACGAGUCACCAGAUGACAUGCCUGCAGCAUCAGGAAACAGAAUAUGCUAUGAAGAUGAAAUAUCAGAUGAUGAAAAUGGUGGAGAUGCAUUGGCUGUCCCAGUGGAAGAACAUAAAUCUGUUAUAUUACAUCUUCUAUCUCAACUAAAAUUAGGCAUGGACCUUACUCGUGUAGUGUUACCAACAUUCAUUUUAGAACGACGCUCUUUGUUGGAAAUGUUUGCUGAUUGCAUGGGCCAUCCUGAUCUGUUUGUGAGAAUAACAGAUGAACCUUCACCUAAGGAGCGCAUGAUGGCUAUGGUUGAAUGGUAUCUAACAUCCUUCCACAUGGGUCGCAAUGGUUCUGUAGCAAAGAAGCCCUAUAACCCAAUUAUUGGUGAAACAUUCCAUUGUUCCUGGGCAUUGCCCACAUCUUCUAGCAAUGAUAAAGAUGAUAACAAAGAUGUCCGUAUAUCUUACACUGCUGAGCAAGUUUCUCAUCAUCCACCAGUUACUGCCUUUUACGUGGAGUGCCCAGAGAAGAAAAUGUGUGUUAAUGCAUCUAUUUGGACAAAAUCUAACUUUUCAGGAGUUUCUGUAGGUGUCAGUAUGAUAGGUGAUAUAAGCCUUUAUUUAGGAAAUCAUGGAGAAAGAUAUGAUUUCACGCUGCCUUCUGCGUAUGCACGAUCUAUUAUUUCGGUUCCUUGGGUUGAAUUAGGGGGUAAAGUAACCAUUAAUUGUGCAAAAACUGGGUAUUCUGCAAAUAUCAUCUUUCAUACUAAGCCUUUUUAUGGAGGUAAAGUUCAUCAAGUUACUGCAGAAGUAAAGAAUGAUGGUAGUUCUAAUAUCUGCAAAAUACAAGGAGAGUGGAAUAGUCAUUUUGAGUUUACAUAUCCACAUGGUGAAUCAAGACGUGUAGAUGUAAAUAAUUUGCGCAUUUUCCAAAAGAGGGUUCGCAGACUUUCAGAACAAGGCGAAUUUGAGUCCAGGAAACUGUGGUAUAAUGUAACUCAGGCAUUACAGUCAGGAAAUAUAACUGCAGCCACAGAAUAUAAAAGAGAGCUAGAAGAACGCCAAAGACUGGAAGAAAGAAUUCGUCAUGAGGAAGGUACAUCAUUUCCAACUGUCUUUUUCCACAAAGAUGAUGAUAAUUGGGUUUAUAAUAAUAUGUUAGUCCAGCUUUAGCAAAACCUGAGCUUUAGAUUUAAGAAAUACUUAAAGAUUUAAAGUGCAUAAAUAAAACAAAUCCUCUGGUGCGUUUUAUUUAUAACUUGUUUGAAGUAAUGUUGAUUAUAAAUAAAAGCUUCCAGGUAAUGGCAUAUCCUAUAAAAUUACUGUGAAUAACAUCUUUGUCCACUAUCUCAGGGAUGAUAGUCCUAGAUUAUAUUGCGCUGUACAGCCUUUGAGUAUAUUGCACAUAAGCACAAAAAUGAAGUUUUGUACAUGAGAUUUUUUUAAAUGCUGAAAUGCUAAAUUGUGUAACAGGUUCUUAAGUAUAAGGACACUAUUUUUAAGGCACAAAUUGUCCCGUCUUGUGUGAAGUUUGUGAUUUUAUGCCUCCUACACCCCAGUCUACUAAAAACAUUAGUGUGAAAUAAUUAAAUUGGUUUAUUUGGGAGUUUUGUACUGGGCAUUGUUAAUGUGUGAAAAUAUGUAAAAUAUCAGACUUACACUGUGGUAACUGUUAUAUCUUCAUAUAUAGAUAUGAAGUAAUGAUAGUUUCAUUUGCAUAAAAUACAUAAUGCAUUUAAUUUUUUUUAAUUUAGUAGAUUAGCAAAUGGAAAUCAAAGAAGUGAUAUUAAAUGGAAAGAACAGUGAUUUAUCUAACCAUUCCUUUCUAACGUGAAGUACACUAUUUUUAACAUUUGCAAAGUUCAAGUAGGCAUCUCACAUUAAUAUUGCUAAAAGUUGUACUCAAUAGUCAGUUCUAAAGAAAAAGAAUAGUUUCAUUAGAAAAUGUAGGAAGGAUGUUGAAACACUUGUGUAAACAAUGUGGCUAACUUCACAAAAGAGCAUGCCUAUAGGGUUAGAUUUUUCCACUGCAAAUGUUUGCCUUUGCAAACACAUGGCUGAUAUGUCAGGUACAGGUACGUGUGUGUGUGUGUGUGUUAUAAGGGGAUGGGUGUGGAUAUGUAUUGGUGUGUGUUACAGAGAAAUAUUAUUAUGUGUGAUAUAUACGAGUUAAUUCCACUAUGAGAUUUUGUUUUGUUUUCUUUUCACAAUGAAUGUUGGCUAUAUUUUACUAAUUUGUUAAUUUAGUGAAUUAAUUCUUAGUACUUCUACUUAUUAUUGAAGUAUACAUUAAAUAGUUUCAUUCCUAUGUCUUCAAUGACAUUUUUCCCCCUUCAUAUUAAUGAACAUUAUUUUUCUACCAUUUACUGACAACCAUUCCUCGGAAGCUUUAACAAGAGAUUGUAAUUUUUAUUCUCCCAUUCUUGUCAGAUUUAAGAGAGGGUGUGUGUGAGAGAGAGAGAGAGAGAGUUUUCGCAUGUGUGAGUACUCAACUUGUAUGAAAAUAAUAUGUAAAAACUUAUAUGCUGCAUUGGAUUGUAUGCCAUAAUUUUUUUUAAAGUCGGGAAGGAUGAUCCAGGAGUAAUUAAUAUCCUUUUUGCCACAAAAAUAGUAUAUUUCUUGUUGAAAUCUUUUUAAUUAGUCAUAAAUUCAAAUAUUUUGUCAUUUGCUACCUUUCCUUUGUUUUCAUACGAAUGAUUGGAUAAUACCAAAGAUGAGUGUUUCGUUUGAAUUGCUGGUAAUGGCAAUAAUUAAUAACUAUUCAAAGUAAACAAUUGGUUCUAAAAUUUGUAAAAUAAUUGUUCAUAUUUUAAGGAAGAUAUUAUGGUUGAAUAGUUUUGUGUAUAAUACACAAUGAUUUAAAUUUAUAUUAUGUAUUAUAUUGGAAUGUACAUAAGAACUAUUUUCCUAAACAUGAAAUAUUGUUGGACUUUCUUAUAUUUAAGAAGAGCUAUAAUUUCCACCAUGUGGAUUGGGAAUGUUAUCUAUAGCAAGGCUGAUUAAGUAGUUGAGCUUAUUGCAAUAACAUGGCAAGCAAAUUUGAAGACAUUGGUAAUUGAAACCAUGGUGCAGAAUUGUUCAAUUACCAUGAUGAUAAAUUUUAUUAGUUGUUCAUUGCUCCCUUUUUCUGUUUCUCUAUUAUUUAUAAUAUGGUGUCAUUUCCACUACUGCAGACCUCAAGUUUCAUCAAGGAACUUUCUUUAAAACUUUGGUAAAAGCAACAUCGAUUGUCUUGGAGACCACCAUGUAAUAAUGAAUAUAACAGGCAAAACAGAAGGUUUUGUUCUUUCAAAAAUAUAGAUAACUGUGCAAGAGUGAAGUAAUGAACAUUUCAUAUUCUUGGUUUCUUGCUCUCCUUUGGAGUGAAAAGAAAGAAAAUGUGCAAAUAUGAGUAGCAAUGUUUGAACAUAUACGAUUUUUAAUAUUAUAAUUGAGAAAAAUAUGACUUGUUUAAUUCAUGCUUGCGAGUAGUUAAAAAGAAUUUGAUGAAUUAUAUAAUUUGUACUGUUUAUAAGUUUUUGAUAGUCUCUUAAUACCGUUAAUAAACACAAUGCCUGAUUAAAUGAUUGUUCUUUCUUUAUUUUCUGUUUGUAUCAUUGAAAUUAAGUAUUGCGCCUAGUGAUAGAGAUUUGGAUUUGUUGUCAAUUCAACUUGAGUCAUUAUUUUAAAUACUUGCCUUGUAACAAAGAAUAAAUGUUUUUAUGCCAAUGAGACUUCUUAGAUGUGUAUGUUGGUAAACUGAUAAUGCAAUAUUGAGCAAUAUUUAAAAGUUGAUAUAAGACUGUAAUCUAAUAUUGAUUUUCAUAAUAAUGUGAUAUCUUUUUUUGUAAAUAUUGAGCAAAACAUCUUAAGAGUUCGAGGAAUACUUAAGAUACUUUCUUGCCAUGAUAUUCUAAUAAGUUCAUUGUAUUUAAACUUCACAUCUUAUAGUAAUUAUAAAUGAACCCUAAUAUAAGUUAGUGGUACUAUCAUUUUUGCUGUGUGUGUUCUACCAUAGUUGCAAAUCUUCUGUUUAGAAAUACGUUCUUCACUUGCCAAGCUUUAAUAUAUUGAGCUUUACCUGACAAGCAAAAACUUCUCUUUGUUAAAGUAUCGUUACUUUUAGCUUUUUAUGUACUUUGGGUGUAAAUAUUGAUACCUGAAACCUUUUUUACUCCUGUAUUAAAAUUGUUAAAACUUACAAAGUCAUUGACUCUUCCCUUUUUUGGAUCCACUGAUUUUUCUCAUUGACAUUAUUUUUAUGUGAUAGUAAUUAUAUCAUUUUGAUAAAUAUUAGUAACCUUUUCAUGUAUCUCUGUAGAUUAUUGGUUUUUCAUUAAAUUUUAUUAGUAAGACUCUGUCUAGAUCCAGAAACUUGAGAACUGGGAAUAACUUGUGAAACCAGUGAGUUGUACAAAUUGAACUCGCUGGCAGACUUCAACAUUAAAAAUUCAGAGUGACAAUGUUAAUGAAAGGAAAAGCAAUUCUAGAUAAUCUUAUACAAGUUACCUCAGAAGUUCUGAGAAACAGGAAAACCCUG